UGUCCUCCUCUUGCUCCUGUGUGCAUGCCUGGAGCAGAGCCUGCACCCCUAUCUGGGUGGUAAAUAUGACAUUGAGGUGUCCUCGGGGGAUGUGACCUCCAGCCUUGUCACCAAAAAGAUCUUCCAUUAUGGCUACAGGAGCCUUAGCUUGGUGUCUCCCAUUCAGGGCAUGGAACAUGUACCGAGUGGCUGCCUGCCGGCCGGAAGUGAGGCGGUGAAUAACUACUGCCCGUUAGUUUCCACGGCAUGACCUCAACCUUUAGGACAAAGGACGAGAGGAACGUGGACCGUCAGACAUCUUACAAGUAAAAGUGAUGCUUACAACCCCCCCCCCCCUUUUUUUUUAUUUUAUUUUUAUUUUUAUUUUUUUAUGCAUACACACUUGUCAGUGAUAAAAUAGUCUUCUGCAUUUAAUAAUGUUCUAGUCAUAUCCACUUCCCUGAUGGUAUUUGUACUGCUGCAGACCAGACCAAGGAUGUUCCCUCCAGACACCAUAAGCUUUUACAAAUGAGGUUGUAACUUCUAUUAUGUUCCACUCCAUCAUUUUUUCCCUCAUAUCUCAAGUUGGAGAGACUUGAAGGCUGUAACAUCUUUUUAUUUUAGGGUGGUCCUAAUGUUUUGGCUCAGUGGACAGUAAAAAGAAGGUACUUUGAGAUCUGGUCCAGCUGUAGAAUAAUCCGUUCAGGAUUUCAGACAGCAAAGAGAGAGACUGAAUUUUUUUAGAUUCCCAUAGUGAAGACAGUCACUUAUUAUUAUGGUGUAGCUAAAUCUGUGGUGCCCUUGUGGCUCUAUACUGGUUCCACCACGACUGUGUAGAGAUCUAAACCAUGAAGCCAUUAGAUUUUUCUUUACUAGUAUUCCUGGUGCAAAAUCCAACACGCUCUGCCUAAAUACGAAGAGCCGAAGUCAGUCAUUUCACGAUGCUUGUGGUGAACCUCGUUCAGCUUCUUCUAUGUCCAGGAAUCGUCCGUUCUGUAGGUCGAUAGGCGUCGAUGUGACGUCCCACAUCCUCUGGUUCCUACGUCAUCAGACGUGUUUGCUGCUGUGCUCCAUCCAGGUCUCACUGCUGAUUCGGAUGGGCCGGAGCUUCAAGAUGAAAGCAGCAGAUCUGACCCAGAGACGCCAGGGUCACCGAGCUGAUACGCCGCUGGUUAGGAGGCCUUGCUCGGUCUUUACAGAUUGUGGGAUGUAAAAGAGAAGAUCCGAGCCGUGUGGGUUCUUGGGUGUUUCUGAGAUGGACUGGUUGUUAAGAUGGGCUGAUUUUCUGGAAUGAUUCUGAUCGUCACUGUCCAGCGUGAUGGAGCAACUUCAAGGCGCGCUGAAGACCCUCGGUAAUGGGUUCGGAUUCAGAGACUCCGUGUUCGAAGAUUCAUGCAUGUCUCCCCCCAUCAACAAGAGCUUUCCAUAUCGCAGACGCUCAUCAGACGACGGGAAAAUCCCAGACGCAUCCAAGGCAAACACUAUUCGAGUCUAUCUGCCCAACCAUCAGCGCACUGUGGUAAACGUGCGUCCAGGCAUGACCCUGCAUAACUGCCUUAUUAAAGCACUUAAAGUACGAGGCCUUCAGCCCGAGUGCUGCGCUGUGUUCAGACUCCGACCAGAACAGCCCAGGAGCAAAGCAUCCCGUAUGGACUGGAACACGGAUUCUACCUCGCUCAUCGGAGAGGAGCUGCUGGUUGAAGUCUUAGAUCACGUCCCCCUGACCACGCAUAAUUUUGUACGAAAAACCUUUUUGAGGCUGGCCUUCUGUGACACGUGCAAGAAGUUUCUCUUGCACGGCUUCCGAUGUCAGACGUGCGGGUACAAGUUCCACGAGCAUUGCAGCACCAAAGUUCCCACCAUGUGUGUCGACUGGAGCAACAUUCGACAGCUUCUUUUGUUCCCCACACCUGGAGAGGGUGGCGCUCCAUCACUACCACCUCGAUGGAAGCAUUCCAGAGCGCCUGCCAGUUCUCAUUACAGACAUUCCACGCCUCACGCCUUUAACUAUAUAGAACCGUUGCCCCCCUCCAGUGGCUCGCUCUCUCAGAAACAGCGCUCCACCUCCACUCCUAACGUCCACAUGAUCAGCAGCACCCUGCCUGCAGGCUCCCUUCCGUUCGAGGAUGCUUUAAAAGGUCAGGACACAGGAAAAGCUCCAAAUCUCAGUCCCACAGGCUGGUCCCAGUCCAACAACCUCAUUCACAGAGAGAAAUCCCCGACAGCAAACACUCAGGAUAAAAACAGAAUCUGGCCGAGGGAGAAGAGAGAUUCCAGUUACUACUGGGAGAUCGAUGCCAGUGAAGUGGUUCUGCACACCUGCAUUGGAUCAGGAUCUUUUGGCACAGUAUUCAAAGGGAAGUGGCACGGUGAUGUUGCAGUGAAGAUUUUAAAGGUGAAGAAUCCAACGCCGGAGCAGUUUCAGGCCUUUCGCAAUGAGGUGGCAGUACUGAGGAAGACACGGCAUGUCAACAUCGUAUUAUUCAUGGGCUACAUGACCAAAGAUAACCUGGCCAUUGUAACCCAGUGGUGUGAAGGAAGCAGCCUGUACAAACAUUUGCAUGUCCAGGAGAACACACUGCAGAUGUUCCAGCUGAUCGACAUCGCCAGACAGACCGCACAAGGCAUGGACUAUUUGCAUGCCAAAAAUAUCAUCCACCGGGACAUGAAGUCAAACAACAUUUUCCUUCAUGAAGGUUUAACGGUGAAGAUCGGAGACUUUGGUUUAGCAACAGUGAAGGCGAGGUGGAGCGGAUCCAAUGAAGACGAGAAGCCCUCAGGAUCCAUCCUCUGGAUGGCUCCGGAGGUGAUCCGCAUGCAGGAUCCGAACCCCUACAGUUUCCAGUCGGAUGUUUAUUCCUAUGGCAUUGUGCUGUACGAGCUAAUGACCGGAGAACUUCCCUACGCCAUGACUGCAGACAGAGACCAGAUCAUCUACAGGGUAGGAAGAGGGUACCUGUCUCCAGACCUCAGUAAGCUGUAUAAAAGCUGCCCUAAAGCCAUGAAGAGACUCGUCGCCGACUGCAUCAAAAAGUCCAAAGACGACAGACCACUGUUCCUUCAAAUUCUGGCCUCCGUGGAGCUGCUACAGCACUCGCUACCCAAGAUCAACCGCAGCGCAUCCGAGCCGUCACUCCACCGAGCUUCUCACACGGACGACAUCAACAUCUGCACCAUCACCUCCACCAGGAUGCCUGUCUUCUAAACUGGACACCGUUCAAAGCAUUGAAAGCGUCGUUGCUAGGACUUUUACUGGAAAGAGACUUGUUCCAGCUAAGCACACUGACUGUUUUUAAAUCUCUGAGCACAAGGAGCGCUGCUGUGGAAAAGGCAGGGUAGAAUCCUGCAGUGUUCGGUGAUGGAGGUAGUAAACGAGGGAAUUUGGGCAUUGCUUUAAUUAUUACAGGAAAAGUUUGGUGACGAUGUUUAUAGUUUUCCCUUUACUCCAAAUGUAAUUGUUUUUAAAUUAGCUUCUUCAACAUAAUCAGUAAAACUAUUUCUCAUAUAUAUACAUUCCAGAAUCUCAUUUUUUAAGGUGGACUGGUCCAUAUUUUACUCUUGCAAAUAAGCUGGAAAUAUCUGGUGGCACAGUGAAACAGAAUUAUUAAAACAAUUUAACUAAAGUAAAACUUAAAAAACCAAGAAGCUUCUUUUUUUUGCACAGCUGCUUGGUAAACCUAAAGCUUGCUCGACUGUGAAAAGUGUUCCGUGUUCCAGCUUCUGAUUCGUGGAAGACCUGUUGCUGUUCUGUAAAGUUUUACUCCUGACUUUGGCAAAAAAAAAAAGACCACUGUUCCAUGUGUUUUUUUUAAUUGGGUGCAGCCAAACAAGCCAUAUGUAUAUAUGGGCACAGAGAAGUCACCAGGUAGUGUCAGAAAUACUUGACAUAGUGGUAAAUUCUAGAGUUUACAGACAUGUUUAUGAUCUGUACAUACAGUAACUUCUAACUUCCUGCUACAGUUCUGUUGUGUGUGUGCUCAUCAAGGUUCAUUAUCAAUAAAAUGACAUCAGAAUUAAGCUUAAAGGGUUUAGAGAUUUCAUUUCUAUCAACCGCUUUAUCCUGGUCAGGGUCGUGAUGGGUCCGGUUCCACUGGGAACACUUAGCGCAAUCCAUCCAGCCCUUAGACACAGCCAAUCAAAGCUGUGUGGACGCCUGGCAGUAGCACCACCAAGAUUCAAAUCAGGAUCUCGGCGAUUGCAGGCUAGUGGAAUGGACGGCCGAGCGCCGCCAGUAGUACUGCUUAUUUUAUUUAAGCAGUAUGCUUUUAUUUUUUAAUUUUAGUUCUUUGUAAUCAUCCACAAGUAGAAAGCAGCUGAGAAACACUGUCCCACCACCAGGUUCGUCUGGCAUUACCCGGCACUGGCUUGAGUUUGCCAUGAAGUUCUAAAAAACAUUUUAAUACAAUAAACUUCCAUUAUUUUUUAGCUUUGUUAGCAUUACAGCAACACUACACUGCACAUCGAGUACAUUUGGAGUAACGGGAAAACCAUACAUUUGAUCUUUCACUGAACGUCUAGUUUGAAAAGCCUACAGAAAUACCACAUGAGCGGACCAUGGACACGUCCACAAGGCACUUUGUUUUUAAAAAAAAAAACACCUUUUUUUUUUAUUCUUCCUGCUUUGAAGUCUGUGCUGUGAGAUACAGCAUGCUAGUAAAUGUGCUGCUCAUAAGCUACACUUCAGGUGAUCACUUUCUAUCUGGGCACAAGUGCUAGUUCAUUCCUGGCACAAUGUUUUUAUUUCUAAAGGACCUGUGUUGUUGUGCAGCACCCGCUGAUCUGGAAUUCCUCACGCGUGCUAAAACUAACGGGACGAUCCAGCACUGUUUAUUAUCCCCUCCUCCAGUCUGUUAGUAGGUAGGUGAGGAUGGUAGUGACGUGAGUGUACAGAUUACAGAUCCACAAAAUAUCCUCGCACCUCUGCAGGUACAGCAUCAGGUACUGUACAAAUAUCCAUUUGAUUUUGUUUGUCUAGGGUUGUACUUAUUUUUUUAGGAUCUGAAAGAGCCUUCGCAUUAAUGAAUAUUUGUAUAAUUAUGGCAUUUUUGUGAUAUAUUUUGAUGUUCUUGUUUGUCAGUGAUGACUACCUUGUGCACUUCAAAGACUGUGUGAUGGAUUUUCCUUUUAUUUUAAUAAAAGUGGCAAAAGUUUGGAUGCACUCGUUUUGCCGUAUUGAUUUACA